AUGGCGCUGGAAGUUCAGCCGCCCGACGGUCGCAGACGUGUCAAGGUCUAUGAACUGAGGGAUAAUGAUUGGUUUGACCGAGGAACCGGUUUCUGUACCGGUCAGAUAUUGGGAGAGGAACCCCGUAUAUUCGUCGAAUCGGAAGACCAACCCAAUCGCGUAUUACUUGAAACAAAGAUCACCAAGGACGAUGGGUACCAAAAACAGCAAGAGACGUUGAUCGUUUGGACCGAAUCGAAUGGGACGGACAUGGCGCUCAGUUUUCAGGAGGCGGAGGGUUGUGCGGUCAUAUGGGACUUCGUGAAUGCCGUCCAAACACAUCUCCUGAGUCUGACUUCGGCUGGUAAGCUUGUCGCGCGCCCGGGGACUGGCAGCACUAACUAUCUUCAAGAUGAUGCCUUGUCCGAUGAUAUUGAUAGCUAUCAGUCGAUCGUAUUACCGUCCCCCGACCUCGGCCAUCUCACAGAAAUCGAGCAGAUCACACGAGCCGCGAGCAUGACGCAAGCCGGCCGAGACGCGCUGUCGAAAUUCAUCAUCCGCGACGAAUACAUUGCCAAAUUGGUACCGAUCGUGUCUGUCGCAGAAGAUCUGGAGAGCUUGGUUGACCUGCAUCGCCUCUGCAACAUCAUGAAGUCGCUCAUCUUGUUGAACGACAACACCAUAAUCGAGACUGUUGUCUCGGAUCAUGUCAUAUUGGGAGUGGUCGGGGCUCUGGAAUGUAUGCUUGAUGCUAAUAUCCCUCAGAAGGCUUAUAUGUUAACACUGGACCUAGAUGACCCCGAGUUCCCCACGCACAAGGCAAAUCACCGACAAUACCUCGCAGAUAAAUCACGAUACAAAGAAGUCGUUCCAAUCAAGGACCCGCUCAUCCGCCGCAAGAUCCGGAGCACCUGGAGGCUGCAAUACUUGAAGGAUGUGGUGCUGGCUCGAAUUUUAGACGAUCCGACAUUUUCGGUGCUCAACUCCUUGAUCUUCUUCAACCAAAUGGAGAUCGUGAACCAUAUUCAAGGGAACGCACCGUUCCUGCGAGAGCUAUUUAGUGUUUUCGACCCUAGGAAUCUCGACCAGAGACGCAAGGAUGAUGCCGUGCAGUUCCUUCACCAGUGUGCUGGCAUCGCGAAGAACUUGCAGGCACCCUCACGGGCUCAAUUGUUCGCCAACUUUAUCGGCCAUGGUCUAUUUCAAGUGAUUGCUUUCGCCGUCAAGCACCUGAACCCGUCGAUGCGGACGACAGGCAUUGAUAUAUUGGUGGCUUUAUUAGACCACGAUCCCAUCAUGAUGCGAGGUUACAUGCUCAAGGCCGUCAAUGAGAAAAAGACCCCCCUUACAGACACCUUGAUUGACCUACUGCACGUGGAGACCGACCUCGGCGUUAAAACCCAGCUCGCCGAUGCCAUUAAGAUUCUUCUCGAUCCUCAGAUUCCUCUGCAGGAUCCGCUUGGUCGGGCUGGACCCGAUUACUUCAAAGUUCGCACCAACAACCUUCUUUCCGAUGCAUUUGUCCAGCAACAUUUCGACGAGUCCUCAAAACGGCUAUUCCAACCCCUCAAACAGCUUGCGAACCGCGCAGCCCUUAAUGACCUGACAUUCCAAGAGGUCACCCUCUACUCCCACCUUGUUGAUAUCCUCACCUUUUUUGUCCGCCAGCACCUCUUCCGCACCCGCACUUCCAUCCAGAGUGAAUCUCUUGCGCCUCGUGUCGCCCAACUUUUGCAAGCUCCUCAGAAACACCUGAAACUCGUCGCUCUCAAAUUUUUCCGCACUUUGAUGAGCCUCCAAGAUACCUUCUACCAAGCGCUUAUGACACACAACAACACAUUCGGGUUGAUCAUAGACAUUGUCUAUGAAACGAUGCCUCGCGACAAUCUAUUGAACUCGGCCUGUCUGGAACUUUUCGAUUUCAUCAGGCGGGAAAACAUUAAACCUUUCAUCCUUCACGUCGUUGAGAAAUAUCGUGAGAAACUCGAGAAAAUCACCUACGUUGAUACCUUCCAGAUCUUGACCAUGCGAUAUGACCAGCUGCAGGGUUACGGGGCUGAGGCUGAGGCUGACUCUGCAUUGUUCGGCCAAGAAGAAGGCACUGCACCGCGCAGGAUUCCCAUCAAUGGUCAGCGCUGGCAGGGCGCGGGAGAAAUGGACACCACUGAAGAGGAGUACUUUAAUACCUCCGAUGACGAGGAUGAAUGGUCCCAAGACCGCGUCGCUAUUGCGGUUGAAACCCCCAACGGAUCCAGUCCCGCCACGAAAUCGUUGGUUGAUUACCCGGAUGACGACGAUGAUGAGGAUCUCAUGGACACCAACCCCGAAGGCGCACAACCAGAACCGACAGCCGAUUCAGAUGUUUCUUCGCCCGCCCAGACACCUCCAUUCGAACGACUUGCUGAAAAGCGCCGCCGCGAAGAAGAAGACGAAGAUGAGUUGGUUAAGCUUGCAGCAGGCCCCAAGAGACGAAGUUCAACGAGCAGUCAUUCCGGCGCCGGCAGCGUCUUGCGGAAAAGGAGUCUAUCUGGCUCCUCAACAGACAAGAACACGGCUAUUGGAGUUGCGAGCGCAGCACCUAAGAGGAUCGCCAUCAACAUCGGCGCUACGACCAGGUCAAAACCAGACUCUGCAGUCGUGGAAAGUAGCGAGAAGGAGAACCGCGAUGAAAAGGGCGACAAUGAAGGAUAA